AUGGGUGGUACCAUUGGCGUCGUGAGCUGGAUACAUGGCCUUAUAGAGGCCGACUAUAAGAAGUACAGAGUCGGUUCGACCAUGAGGAUCGGCGCAGGUUCGGGCAUCACCAAGGAACAAAGUAUGGCUGGAAGAGCGCCACAAAUCGAGGUCUACGACAGUGAGGGGAUAUGGACUGGCCAUCAUGUCAAUUGGAAGCAAAGGGAAAUGAGGGACGGCGAGGCCACCAAGGAGCUUCGUGUGGCGCACAAGAGGCAAUGCGAAUACACAAUCUUCAACAGUAGGUUCGAUCCCCUGUGCGUGUCCUUUGUCAGUACAAAGUACCACGACAGGACGGCGACGAAUUCCAUGUCCUACGCCGUCAUUGGGGAGUUCGGAAAGUACUGCGGUGCGCGUUGGUACGAGAGCCAGUUCCAGCCAUAUCCCGGGAAUCCGUGGAAGACUGCUUGCAUGUGGAUCGGGCCCAGCGACAGUGGCCAUCACACGGGGUUCCAGGUCAGGUGGCCAGGAUUCUACGCUGGAGAAAAUACGGACCUGGCCACAAGGCUAAAAAACAACGAGACUAUUGAUCCAACCGAGCUGUGCGACGGCAUCACCUUUGGACUGCGCAUGGAGCAUCAUCCGUCAGUCCUGAUCUUCAACAACACCAACACCGGGAGGAUCGAAUACAUGAGCCCCGGAAACCCCGGACACCGCACUCGCCCAAGAUCCUGCAUUGACUAUCGCGAUGACCGGAGCCAGAGGGACCGCGACAUGGACCCCAACUUCCACGAACAGUGUUUCAGCAGGGACAAGGUCACUGGUCGGUUUUACUCCGAGUCGUGGUUUCCCGGCUGGGUUAGAACUUGGAUAGAGCAAAUCUGGGCGAUGAAAUGUAAGGUGCCCGAGGUCGGCUUCUGUCCCAUCCUCGCCCGCCCAAUCUCGGGCAGCGUCCUCGAUAUACAGAAACCCGACUUCAAGGACAGGCCAGACGAGCCCAAGAAGCCCAAGGGGGACAUGAAGCCCGAGGAGCCCGAGGACCUCGAGGAGCCUAGCCUGGUCCGCCGCGACGACUGGAUGACCCAACAGCUCACCCUCAGCAACCACGAGAGCCACUCCGCCCGCAGGCUCUGCGAGUCGGACAUGUCCCACGGCCCGGACUUUGCCCACGACGAGGAGCGCCUGUUCUGCGAGAUGGGCUCCAAGACCCUGUACCCCUUCUGCGGCGGCCCGGACGGCGACGGCCCCACCACCGACUGCUUCGACGCCGAGACGCGCACCCUCGUCGACACGGGCCGUCGGUACAAGCGCGACGCCGCGCCCGUGGCGGGCUACCUCGAGGUGCGCGACUGGCGGACCAGCAAGGCCCGGUACGACUGA